CAUUUAUCUGACUUUUUUUUUCACUUUUUUCAUGAAUUGUGAGAUAUAAACUUGCAAUUCUGAGGAGGGAAAGACGCAAUUACCUAUUAUUUUUUAUUCCGUGGCGGAAACAACCUUCCAUAAUGCAGGAAUAUCGGAGGCAUUUCAGGCAUAGAUAUAUUUAUGUAGAUUCUAGGUCGUCCGCCAUAUUGGAACGGUCAGAGCCAGUCCGUGAACAACCGAGAACAUGUGGUGCAUUCAAGUAAUGUCGAAACGAUUGUAUUUAUGAGUUGAACGCACAUAAACACCACCACAAAGUCGUAAAUAGCCUACCAGUGGGAAGCUCAGGAUUUUCUUUAAGCCCCGAUCUUUACGAGUUGGGGGCGUGUCAGUAAGAAACAUGGCGGAAUACCACAAUAUUUAGCAGUGACAUUGUCAGGCUUUUUUAUUUACAAAAAAAGUACACAAAUUCUCUGCACAAAAUAUAUAGCAUUGUAAUAUAAUAAUAUAAUAUGUAACGAUAAAGUUUACAGUGGUGUCAUAAAUUAAUUAAAAACAUCAAAAAAAUAAAACACCUGAAGCACAUUCUUUGUUCUUCAUUUUCUAGAAGUACAUUUCAAAAACCUUUCUGUAUUUUUGUGUAAUUAACGAAGAGAAGGUACACCACCGUCGAUGAAAGAAACUUAUUGUAAACACAACUUCUAGUGUUGCCAAGUCCACGGUUUUCCUGCGGAAACACUGUUGCCGCGGGUUGUUUUUCAUGUCAGCGGGUUGAAGUAACCCCAAAUAACAUGAUAUUUAGCCCCUGAAAUGCAAGGGAAGGGACUAUGGCGAUAAACGUGGAUUUUACCCAAUUUUUAUCAGGGAAUUAGUUUUGGGCUAGUUUUGAGUAGUAAUUGUGUGGGUUUUGUUGUGAAAACUUGGCAACCCUUACAACUUCCCACCUGGUAAAUACGAGUUUCCCAGGAGGACUUGAAUGCAAUCUGCAACAGUAUUUAGAUGUAUGAAUAUCUAUAUGCGAUAGACUUCAGCAGAUGAUUUUGCUAAACUAACAGAAUACAACAAGAGAAGGCACCAAGCUAACACGACAUUAAAAAAUACCAUAGUAAAAACCUUUAAUAAUGAGUUAAUACAUACAAAAACACAAACCAACACGUUCUGAAACACGUUAAAGGUUAUCCCAUUUUUUCAGAAAUUUAAAUCUCGGCGGUUUCACAACCAGAAGCUGCUCAAUGCUGUGGGUUACUGUGAGCGACGACACGCUGACCGUUCCAAGAUGGCGGGCGCGCCGACGUGUCUGGAGCGGUUGAAUGUGGAAUCUACAUAUACACACAUCUAUGGUUACACUGCUGCGCCGUUACCAUGGAGAUUGUAAACAGAGCCUAAUACAAACCAACAUGUCUACCCUUUAAUAUUAUUGCUAAAACGUCAUUUCACGACAGUUUGGGUAAAUAAAUAUAGGUGUUAGCUCUCUAAUUGGUUGAUUCGCAGGUGUUCUCGUGUGGAUCAGAUGGACUCGCAGUAUGUGAGCAGGACUUUGGGCCGCUGUCUCUCCGAAGGUCUCGCAGAGCUGAUCGAACUCAGACCGCUGGAUCCCAUCGAGUUCCUGUCGCACUGGAUCCUCAAAUACAAACACAACCAGGAGCUCGAGCUGGAGAAAUCCUCUCAUCAGAGACAGUUAGAGGAGGAGCAGCGGCGGCUCCACGAUGAGACGCUCCAUCAGAAGAUCCUGCAGGAGGAGGAGAACCGGAUCAGAGCCGCACAUGAGCAGAUCCAGCGAGUUCCUGAAUCGGAAGACGAGAGUAAACCUGCAGAUCUGAACCUGAGAGAAGAUGAGAGAGAGACUGCAGCAGAUCCUACUGGUCAUACAGAGUCAGAAACAGUGAACGAGCUGAAUGAUCAGGAGGAGGAAACUAAUGAAGCUGCAGGUGAAGAUCAAACCUCUGAGAUCCUGAACCCAGAGGAGCCGCUCUCUCAGGAGGAUCACAGGGACACACAGAACGAAAGUAAUGAAGCAGACGUUCCUUCUGAAGAGAACCAACCUGGACCAGAGAAAACAGAAGAUUCUGAUCAGAGACAGAUGGAAAAAGAGGAAGAUGAGGAAGAUGGCGGAGCCGAAACCACAACAUGACGUGUGUUUCAUUAUUAAUCUCUGCUUUUGCUCAAUUUAAUCUCAUGCAUAUUGAUAUUAAAUUUUAUUUAUGAUAACUGAA